GCGACGUCAACAUAGCCCCUGUGUUGUUUGAUUUAAUUUUUACAUCCACUAGUAUUAUUUAACUAACUAGCGAGCUCUUUGGGAACACAAAUAUUACUUAAGAGUUAGUUGUUAGUAAUUAAGAUUAGGACUGUGUGGUUAAUUUGGUGGCAACACAGACUCGCUAUUUUACCUCUGCUUUACGGUUUCACCACAACUGCUUGCGAGCUAGCUUGUAACUAGCGGUUUAACGUUAGCUAUGGCAGGUGUUAUGGAAACAGAAGAACAGGCGAGGAACCGUUUCCAGUCGGAGCUUGAGUUUGUCCAGUGUUUGGCAAACCCCAAUUAUCUGAACUUUUUGGCUCAGAGAGGCUACCUGCGAGAGAAACCAUUUGUGAAUUAUCUGAAGUACCUGCUCUACUGGAAGGACCCAGAAUAUGCCAAAUACCUGAAGUACCCCCAGAGCCUGCACAUGCUGGAGCUCCUGCAGUACGAGCACUUCCGCAAGGAGCUGGUCAACGCGCAGUGCGCCAAGUUCAUCGACGAGCAGCAGCUCCUGCACUGGCAGCACUACUCCCGCAAGCGCACUCGCCUGCAGCAGGCCCUGGCGGAACAGCAGCAGCACAGCAACGCCACCGCCAAGUGAGCCCCGCCCCCUGCGGCUGGAACAAUGGACUGACCAAUGAGAGGAGAGUUAAGGGACUAAGAAACCGUGUUUGGGAAAAGGAGACUGGCAUGUGGGAUGAAGGGUUGUACUGUCACUUGAUAUUUUUUUGAAAUAUCAAAUUUGUCACACGUUUACAGGUUAAUAAGCAUAUUUAGUCCCAAGGUUUCAGAAAUCAUGCAGUCUUUAAAAGUGUAUACUGUACCACUAAAGUUCCCGGUCGGU